AUGGCGUCCUCCAGUAAACAAAAGAAUUCGAGUCACAAGUGUUGCGCGGCUGUUCUUUGCAAUAAUCAUUCAGAUAACCGACCAGAAUUAAUUUUUCAUAAUUUUCCCUCUGGACGAAAAUCUUGGAAAAAUUGGCCUCGAACAGCUCACUCUUCUGCUGUUCUGAACAUUUUAGUGAGAAGGACCGACAGGAAAAGCCUUACCGGCAAAAGACGUGAUCUUGUAAAGAAUGCUGUUCCUUCCAUUUUCCCAUGGUCGGUUGGCAAUGACGAAGCCUCUGAAAGGUCCGAAAGAGACAAAAGUCGGAAAUGCCAAAGGAUUAAACUUUCAGCGAUCCCCUCCAAGAGUAUCGAAAAUAAACAUCACUCAUACGAUACACCUGACAUCUCUGCCAAGGAGACUCAAGAGGAAGAUUCAGGUGAAAAACCAUUCGAAGAAGAGAGAGACUUGGUUGCCGAGAAUUAUGAUCUUAAACAAAAGCUGUUCCUUUGAAAAUUUGGUUUGGAGCGGUUUGGAUCGAAUGAUGAUGACAUAUUUUUCUACACGGGAUUUCAGAGUCACCGAGCUUUGAAGGCAUUUUGGAACUUUAUUAAACCUUGCUCUGAGUCUCUGAUGUCGUGGAACACAGCACGCGAAAGAGUGAAAGAAAGCUCCACAAACAAUGUUAAUCCAUUUCCCUUUUUGCAAGGACAGGAGAAACAAAGAAAUAGAAAGAGAGAAAUAGAGCCCAUCGAUCAGCUGUGGUUGUUUCUAACAAGGGUGCGUCUUGGCUUAUUUGACUUGGCUCAUAGAUUUAGUGUCUCUGUAAGUACCGUGUCUGAUGUUUUUAUUACUUGGGCAAACUACCUUUACAUAAUGUUGGGAAGUUUGCCUUUAUGGCCUUCAAGAGACAAAAUAAAACAAAACUUGCCAGAUUCUUUUAAUGGAAGGUAUGAAAACGUACGUGGAAUUCAUGAUUGCACAGAGCUGAAAUGUGAGUUUCCCAAGGAUUAUCAGAAGCACUCAGAAAUGUACUCAGACUAUAAAUCUCACGACACUUUUAAAGGGCUCAUCUGCAUUUCACCGAGUGGAUGGAUAACAUUUGUUAGUCAGUUGUAUCCAGGAAGAAUAAGUGAUAAGGAAAUUGUGGAGAAGAGUAACUUCUGUCAGUUAAUUGAAAUGGGGGACCAGUACCCUGCCGACAAGGGCUUUGAAAUCCAUGACCUAAUGGGCCUCAGAGUAGCAAGUUUAUGUAUUCCUCCAAAGAGAUUUUCUGUCAAUGACCAGUUCACACAAAGCCAGUGUUUUGAGACCAUGAGUAUAGCAAAUGUGCGUAUUCAUGUGGAAAGAGCAAUUAAGCGAAUCAAGGCUUAGCAUAUUUUUAGUCAAGUUCUGCCUCUUUCCAGCUUUGGGUCCAUAAAUAAGAUCUGGACUGUAUGUGCUUUGUUAGUAAAUUUUCAAUAUCCAAUUAUUACAGUUUAAAGAAAGGAAGCUUUCAGUUUUUUGGAUGGGAUGGGUUCUUAUAUCAGGGAACUAACAAGUGUGUUUUUUAGGAAUUGAAUGUUAAACUAAAGAUUCUGAAGAUGUUCAGCUGUUUGUAUAAGUCUCUGGUUUGGGUUUUUUCAAUAAUUGGAGGACUUGAUAUGUGAAAAAGUGAAUUUCAAAAAUAAUAUUAUUCUAUCAAAUGCACAUGGGUAGAUUGGGUACUCAAAUUUAAAACUGAUGGAGACUGACUGUGAUUGACGAAAAUAUAUUUGUUAUAAUAAUGGUGAUGGUGAUAUAAUAUAGAAAAUAAAACCAAAAUCUGUCUUUUUUUCAAAACUAAAAGUCUAUCUGUAAGACAAAUCCUAAAAAAUAACAGUCAAAAUUUUCAAAAACAAUACACAAAAAUAUCUAGUUUCACCUUCCCUACCACCACCAUCCCAUCACUUGUAAAGUAUAACUUGAAUACCAUUCCUUGUGCUUUAGAACAUACUAAAGCAAACAGGGAUUUUGUUAGAGUCAUCUUAUAUUUUCCAAGAAACUAAUAGUGUUGCUUUGCAGUUCUAAAAACACAAAUGUUUUUAUUUUGAGAUAUAUUUCUCGUGAAAAGCAAUUCGUCGUCCCACCUUGACGAUGAUGUGACCUUAAGAACCAAAACUGGAAAUGUGUUGCUGGUAAAUAUGACAAAGUCAGUUAAUGGAAUUCCACUGACCCCCAUUUGCAUCUGGGACUGAAACCAAUAUUUGUGCUUUUCUUUUACUACAAAGACAGAGUUCAGUUCCAUAAAUGGGAAACUGCUUUCCUUUUGAUGAUUAUUUAUUGCAGUCUCUGGUGACAUAUCCUGCUUGGACUCUAAACAUUUUACUUCCACAUUUCUGUAUUCAAUGUCACCAUUGGCAUACACUAUUGUUGCAAUUCUGUCAGGGCUUGCUGCAAGAACAUCAUCAUCUUUGUCUAAAAUUGAUCCAGUCUCUUGA